AUGGAUGCUGAUACUGAGACACUAGAGUGUCCGUUAUGUCUUGAAGUACUCGAAGCAGAUGAUAUCAAUUUUUUGCCAUGUAGUUGUGGAUAUCAGCCAUAUAGUGAAAAUCCUGCACAGUUCAAACCUCUGACUGAAGAAGAAAUACAACAAGUAAAACGGGAAAGGAAACUAAAAGAAUCUCAGAAAAAACAAAAGCUUACAGAAAGUCGAAAACAUCUGGCAAAUUUGAGAGUUGUACAAAAAAAUCUUGUAUUUGUCAAUGGCUUGCCGUCACGUUUAUCUGAAACAGAAUUAUUGAGAAGGCAAGAUUAUUUUGGUAAAUAUGGAAAGAUUAUCAAAAUUGUCACUAGUCCCGCACACAAUGGACAAAGUAACAGUAUAUGCGCGUAUAUCACAUAUUCGCGUUCGGAUGAAGCGUUAAGAACAAUACAAGCUGUGUGUAAUUAUCACGUUGAUGGUAGAACAUUAAAAGCAACAUUGGGCACAACCAAAUAUUGUAGUCGAUAUUUGAAAGGUACUAAUUGUCAAAAAACUUAUCAUUUGGGUAAAUUUAACUUAUUUUCUUUGUGUUGUUAUAUUAAUAGUAAGCCAGAAUCACCUCCAAGACGGAAAACGUCACAACCAUUGGCUGGUGCUAUUCAGCCGUCAUCACAACUAUUAACCACAACCAGAAUAAUGAAUGGUUCAACGUCACAACCAGAUCAUGAUCAACCAGAAUCUAGUACAAGUUCCUUAUGUGAUGAAACACUUGAUUCUACAGGAAUCACAUCCAUUAACGAGCAACAAAUGAAUGAUUAUGAGACUGACUCUUUUUUAACCACUACAUCCACUGCAAAUAGCGACAAUACAAAUUUAAUUCCACCCUCUCUCUCGUCCUCGUCCAGUUCUUCAUCUUCUUCUCAAUCAUCCUAUUCUUGUGAAUCAGCAACAGUUAUCAACAGCACUCAACAAAUACCAUGUUCCUCAACUAGCACGACUACCACACAACUAAACCUCCCGUGCACAAUAUCACACCCAGUCACAACAACACAAGCGACAAUUACUACAAAUAAUGCAAAUUGGUCUGAUGAAUCAUCUUCUUUUUUCAGUAUCAAUAAUACAUCAUCACCUUCGCCAUCCCAACAAUCCCAUCAGACAGCAUCUAAUAGUAAUAAACCAUCAACGACAAACAAAAUGUCAAUGUUUCAAAAUGUUUUAUCGUUGUCAAAUAAUCAAUUAGCUGCUCAGUCGACAGCGUCGUCAAAUAAAAGUAAUUUUCUUCUCACUAACGGUGGUCUACCAUCUUCGUCCACGUCAACAAGUGCAGUGAAAAAUUUAAAUUUUGAUGAAAUACCUGAAUAUAAACCGUUUGGUUCAAAUAUGCCACCGAUACAUUUACUUUUAUUUGGCAGAGAAUCAACGACGAAACAAGAAAAUGGAAUUAAUGAUGCCGAUGAGCAGCUAAAAAGAUUUAUAGAUGAUAGUCGUGAUAAUGGUUUACAUCCAGUCGGACAAGAGAAUGAUGAAGGGGAUUUAGGCUUCGAUCCAUGCAGUCUAUUUAUGACAGCACUUGCUUCAGAUAUAGAAGAUGAACGCAGGCCAUCAUCGAAAAACAUGAAUUCGUUAUCUAGGUUUAUGAAUAAUAAUAGCAAUAUUCCACUUCCCUCUUUGACGACAAACUCGUUAAAUCAUCAACAUCUAUAUUUGCAACAACUUCAACACCAACAACAGUUACAAGCACAGCAACAACAUCAGCAACUACAGUUACCACCUCAACAAUAUCAUAAUCAACAACACCCUUCGGUUCAUUUAGUACCAAAUCCAUCUCAGUCGCGGGCAUUCAACAAUAAUUACCAUCAUGAACAACAAUUAAAUCCAGUGAUGUCAACAGCCGAUACAAAUACUCAGUUACAAUUGCAAGGAUUAAAACAAACGUCGAAUAAUAGUAAUAAUAUUCGUUUAAAUACUUCUUAUAUAUCACCUAAUAGCAAUAGUAACAAUAAUAAUUCAAUGAAUAUAUCAAAUAGUAUUAACAAUUCACAACAGAUUGAUUUAAUGAAUAGAGCACAAAAACGUUACACAGCAUAUAAUGGUACAUCACCCACACAAACGUGGAAUACAAAUCAGUAUAACGGGAUUCAGACGGCGGCCCCAUCUACAAUGCAGAUACCAUCGUCACAUUCGAAUAUGGCAUUUCCGUUACAACAACAACAACACCAUUCAUUAUCAAUACCUAUUUCUAGUCUACAGUCAACACCACAAUCAUUAAUCACAACGUCUCGAAUGGAUUUCACAAAUCAAAUUCCUCAACAACAACGACUGUUACAGCAGCAAUCACCCUCUUCAUCCCCGUCACAACAACAAAUUUCAAAUCAUCUUUUAAAUAAUCCGAUUGGAUAUUCAAAUCUAACACAGAACAAUAUUCCCUUUAGCCAAAAUAUUUCAAACGAUCGAUGGUUGAUGAAUGCUCCUUUGACCGAUCCUGCCAUUGUUUCUUUGGGCAAAAUUGAUAAUAGUUCACAACAAUGGUCUAUACCAUCACAGCCACAGCAACAACAACCAGUGCCACAAAUAUCCAGUCCAUCGUCCUCCACAUCAUCGAAUGUAAUCACGAAUAAUAAUAAUCUCAUAUCGCCUUCCAUUCAAAGAUGGCCGCAACAACAUGUAAUGACAACAACAACAACAAAUGGAUAUUCAAAUUAUGUAACAUCAUCAGAUGGUCGUUCGUAA